AUGGGUAAAUAUAGAAAGAGAUUUAAUGAGAAGGCGAGGACAGGGAUGCUUGCCAAACAAGCCGCAUUGAGGAAAGCCAGAAAUAAACAGUUCUAUAGACAAGACGAUGAAGAAGAGAAUGAACCAACUCCAGAUACCACUGAAAUAUGCAAUACACAAGAUUCAAAUUCUGAAAUACUUGCACCCGUCACCGAAGAAGAGCGAUUAGCUAAAAAAAGGGCAUUAGAACAAAAUUUGUAUUCGGAGAAUUCCAAAAAGGAGAAAAUGUCUCGAGCAAAGAAGAAACGUUUAGAUAAAUACAUUGAUCAUCAAUUGAAAAGGGAAGAAAAGAAAAUAUUGCUUGAAAAGUUGGCUGAGACCAAGAUGGACACUAGUAACUUUGCUGCCCUUAAGGAGUUAGGAAAGGGUAAGCAAACCAAGAAGGAGGAAAUGAUUGAGGCAUUGGAAUUGGAACGUCAGGGGAGGGGCGAUGAGCAUACACGGGAAAUUUUAUAUGAAGAACGGGAUAUAAAAGACUUCAAUGAUGAUGAAGAUGGUAGUAUAUUUAAAAGCUUUGACGAAGAUAUACAUGUGCAAGAAGAGGAAGAACAGCGGUCGACAUUUGUGGAUAAUAGACCCAAAAAGUUUGGCGGUCAAGGUUUUGGUUUCGGUUUUGCCAAUAUACCUGUAAUUAAAAAAGAUACUACUGAAGCUCCAAAGAAAAAGUAUAGCUGGAGAAAAAGAGUAGAGGAAGAGGAAAAGAAGAGAUUAAAGAAGGAAGACGAUGAUGAUUUUGCAUCGUCUUCAGAGGAUGAUGAAGAGGAUGGCAUUAGCAAUACCCAAGAGAUUGUUGAAGCAAAGGAGUUAAAUGAUCUGGAGGUUGAGGAAGAAUUUGAAACUGAAGCUGAACUGAGCCCAGAAGUUGGUGAUUCUGCUGAAAGUGAGGUUGAUCUUUCAAGUGAAGAAGAAGAAGAAGAAGAAGAGUCAAAGUUGAUGAAAAGCAAACCGCGUCACUCUACUACUGCAGCUAGUUUCAAAGAAUGGGCAGAACAACAGGUUCGUAUUAUGGAAGGAAGAGAUAAGAAUGUUCUCACACCAGAAGCUUCUGAUGAGAUUAAGAAAAAGUAUUCAAAACAGACUGUUAGAGAUGAAGACAUAGAUCACUCGUCCGAUGAAGAAGGAUACAUCCCUAUAAACAAAGAAAUGCAACGUCAAGCAUUUGUUGUUGAAGUUGGCAGAACAGAUUAUAUUCAAAAACAAAGAGUUUUACUUCCUGUUUUUGCUGAAGAGCACAGGAUAAUGGAGGCUGUCUAUCACCACGAUUGUAUAAUUCUUGGUGGUGAGACCGGUUCAGGGAAGACAACACAGGUUCCUCAGUUCUUAUACGAGGCAGGUUUUGGCAACUUACUGCACGACUUGUAUCCCGGAAUGAUUGGUGUGACUCAACCAAGAAGAGUGGCGGCUGUCUCUAUGGCUGAAAGAGUUGGUAAUGAAUUGGGAGACCAUAGUCACCGGGUUGGUUAUCAAAUACGAUUUGAUACAACUAUAAAAAAUGAAGGUAAGGAAAACGGUACUGCAUUGAAAUUUAUGACCGAUGGUGUUUUGUUGAGAGAAAUGAUGACGGAUUUUUUGUUAACCAAAUACUCAGCAAUAAUUAUUGAUGAAGCCCAUGAGAGAAAUAUCAAUACAGACAUAUUAAUUGGAAUGUUGACUAGAGUGGUGAAAUUAAGAAGAAAAUAUCACAAGGAAAACCCUCAACAGUAUAAGCCUUUGAAACUUAUUAUAAUGUCGGCUACUUUGAGAGUCUCUGAUUUUUCGGAGAACCCUGCGUUAUUCAAAACGCCGCCUCCUAUUAUAAAUGUCCAGGCAAGACAGUAUCCAGUAUCAAUACAUUUUAACCGAAAAACUAAUUACGAUUAUUUGGAGGAAGCAUUUAAAAAGACGUGUAAAAUACACCGUAAACUUCCUGAAGGUGGUAUAUUAAUAUUCUUAACAGGGCAAAAUGAGAUCACCACUUUGGUGAAAAAGUUACGACAGGAAUUCCCGUUUAAAAAGAAGUCAGCCAUUCAAUAUGAUGAGAAUAUUGAUGUUAAGUUGUCAGAAAAUGUUCAACAAGAGGUCGAAGAUGUUGAUUUCAGUGUUCAAUCUGGAGAUACUGGUCUACUUGACGAUUAUGAAGAAGGAGAAGAGAAUGAGGAAGAAGAAGAAGGUUUCGAAGAGGCCGUUGAUAAUAAGGAGUCAGAAGUGGGCCCAUUAUAUGUAUUGCCUUUAUAUUCUUUAUUGCCGACUAAGCAACAAAUGAAAGUGUUUGAGGACCCUCCACCAGGAAGCAGGAUUUGUAUAGUUGCCACCAAUGUUGCCGAAACAUCGUUGACGAUACCAGGGAUCAGAUAUGUGGUGGAUUGUGGUCGUUCUAAGGAAAGAAAAUACAACCAAGAAAAUGGAGUACAGUCAUUUGAAAUUGACUGGGUUUCGAAAGCGUCUGCUAACCAGCGUGCUGGUAGAGCGGGUAGAACUGGACCAGGACAUUGCUACAGAUUGUACUCUUCUGCGGUUUUUGAAGACUUUUUCCCACAGUUCAGUGUUCCUGAGAUUUUACGUAUGCCAUUUGAAAGUAUCGUUUUAAGUAUGAAGAGUAUGGGAAUUGAUCAAAUUGCUAACUUCCCUUUCCCUACUCCUCCUGAUAGAUUCUCGUUGAAGAAGGCCGAAGAAUUGUUGAUCAUAUUGGGUGCAUUAGAUAAACAACACAAGCAAAUCACUGAUUUAGGGAAGAAAAUGUCAUUGUUUCCGUUGAGUCCAAGAUUCGCAAAAAUCUUAAUUAUUGGAAACCAACAAGAGUGUCUUUCUUAUAUCAUUGCUAUUGUCUCGGCAUUGUCUGUUGGGGAUCCAUUUAUAGGUGAGAACGAAUUAGUUGGAAAUAUGAGUGACGAAGCACGCAGAGAGUUUAGAACAAAAUUCUAUCGCUCACGUGCAUUAUUCUCAAAGUUGGAUGCAUCGAGUAAUUGUAUGAUGUUAUUGUCUGCUGUUUGUGCAUAUGACCAUGUUCCAAAAGAGGAGCAAAAUGAGUUUUUACAAAAGCAUUAUCUUAGGCAUAAGAUGAUGGAAGAAAUACAGAAGUUGAGAAAACAAGUUGGAAAUAUAGUAGAAAAUAUGAUCAUGUCUGCAGACGGGUUACAGUUGGCACAAAAAGUGAAGUUGCCCAUUCCAAACAAAAAGCAAGUGAGUGCAAUGAAACAGAUGAUUGCGUCAGGGUUUAUAGACCAAGUGGCAAUCCGAGGCGAUCUCAUUUCAUCUGAGGUGAAAGUUGCAAACAAGACAAGUAUCAUAAAUAUCCCCUACUGUCCAGUGAUGCCAAUAGAAGAUGGUCCAUUUGUAUACUUACACCCCAACUCCCUUAUAGCUGAAAGCGGACAAAUUCCAAGCUCGUAUCUUGUUUAUCAAUCUUUGAGUACAAAGGGAAAUACCGGUGAAGGUGAAACUAAGAAAGUAAGGAUGAACCCGCUAGUUGAUAUAAGUGGCAAGCAGUUGGCUAAUAUAGCUAAAAGCUCAGUUCUACUCACAUAUUCCAAACCUUUAGGACACCCUUAUGCUCCAAAAAACUUGACACCAACGAGAAGAGAAUGCUAUGUGGUUCCACGUUUUGGAGCAGCUAUUGGGAGUGGUGGUGUUGGUUGGGAUUUGCCUGCCAUUAAAGUGAUCCAGGAAAAACGUAAAGGUGUUUGGGUAAACUUAUAG